AUGAUCAUGGGGUUGGCCGACGCUGUUGGAGCUAGCCCUUUCAAUCUGGUUGCUGCUGCUUCCUACUUGCGGGAUUGGGUUAGUGAGAGGUUGACCCUUCAGCCUCCAAUAGACGUUUCAGUCCUUGCUUCCCCUCGCCUACGAGGCGCAGUUGGUUCUAUGGAUGGUGCAGUUGCAGGUGCAGUUGUGGCCUUGGAGCCCAACGUUAGCGAUGUGAGGGUUGAAAGAGCUUCAGUGAGUUUACCUCCUCAGGUUGUAGUGGACCCUCGUAUGGAAGUAAUUUGUGGUAUGGCCAAAGCCCUUCACGCUGAAGGCAGUGAAUGGCUCCAUGCAUUCCGAAAGGCCCACGAGUUGUGGGACAAAUUGAACCCAAAUGUCAGGAACGCUUUGAAUGUUUCCGAAGGAAGCGUUCAACAUGAAGAUGUUGUUGGAAGGGAUCCUCUUCCUUUGGUUGAAGACCAACUGGAAGAUGAUGUUCGGGGGCGUGCCUUGAAGAUGGCAGAGAUCUUCUCUGGCAGCGGUGUCCUUGCCAAGAAAAUGGAAGGCCUCGGAUUCAGCGUUCGCUUGGUCGACUACCAGACUGGUGGGGAGGCCCACGACAUCAGCCAGGAAACCACAGCCUUGAAGAUUGCUUCGGAGCUUGUGGAGGAGAAGACUCACUAUGUGCAUUUUGCUCCACCCUGCAACACAUUUUCCCAGGCAAGGUAUCCUCGGCUAAGGACCAAGGCCUACCCCAUGGGUGUCCCUGGAAUGGAAUUGGAACCUGUCUUGAAAGUUGCCAACGCCAUCAUUGUCAACAUGCGCAAGAUGGUCAAAGUUCUCUCUGACAACCAUGUCUUGGUCACUAUUGAGAACCCGCGGGGCUCGGUUCUUUGGCAUUGCCCACCCAUCGUGAAGCUCUUACAGGACCAGCCUGAAGAUGCGAACUGGUCUACUGUGGACAUUGACUACUGCAUGUAUGGGGCCCCCUACAAGAAGCGCACGCGGCUGCUGACUUUGCAGUGGCGUGUUGACCCAAGUGAGGUUGAUGGCAUGUUGUCCUCGCUGGGUCGCAAGUGUGAUGGUCUGCAUGAGCACGUUGUGCUGAGUGGUUGGGGCAAGGGCCAUGGCCCAUCAUAUCCUCCACUAAUCCGGCCAAGCUGCGCCAGCGCCAGCGCGCCACAGCCAGUAGCAGAGCGCAAGCGACCCAGCAAUGGUACCUCGAACCGGGCACCCAAGAAGCCAAAGGCUUUAGAUGACUUGGGCGAUGCAGUUGAGAAGGAGAAGGGCGUCAUAGCUACUUUGCCUUUUUGGGACACCCUCAUGAACCAAGUGGAUGAGACCUUCACCAAAUUUGGAUCGAUUUCGGAGUUCUUCAUGAAGUCUUUCCCAACCUUGGAGGAAAGAAAGGCACUCUCUCAAACCCUUAUCGACCAUUUUGGAGCUACUGAGACCCUGGACUCUGACUUCACUGCGGGGAUCAAAUCCUUUGGUUUGUGGCAGAUUUGCCCACACAUCGAGGCUGGAAACAAAGGGUUGGUCAUCAACCAGUUCCACAAACACCUGAUCAUGUUGAUCUUGAUUCAGGGCCCACGCACAGAUGCAGCGACGUCACCAGGUGUGGAGUAUCCUGUGAUUCAACCUCUAGUGGAGGCCUACUUCGAUACCCCUUGGGAAACUAGUUCUUUGCAGGCGGGCACCUAUGAUUGCCAAUCCAUCGGCUUUGUCAAAGGUUGGACUAGGUGUGUGGCAGCCCUCUUUGCGGCGCAUCUUCUCAUCCAGAACGACUUGGUUGAGCGCUACAGGGAUCACUUGCCUGAGGCCUACAAGAGCUUUUGUCUUCUCAAAGGCUUAGUGACUGCGGACUAUGCUUCUGAGCUUGACCGAAUCAAUGCGAACCGGGACUUGACAAUGGGGUCUGUGAUGACUCGGGCAAAGCCCAAUUGCUUCAAUGCGCUACACCAGAUCCACCGACGCUUGAAGCAGGGCGAGAAAGUGAGCUCAGUGGUUGGCAACUUUGACAGUGGAAAGAUUCCAAAGAGCAUCUUUGGAAUGGGGGCACAGGAGUCAGGCGCCAUUGUGAACCUCGUGCACCACUUGCCUCUGGAAUGUCGGGCGAUCUUUGGCAAUGCUGUUGCGGAGUUUGGCAUAGCCAAGGGGCCUGUGACACAUGCUGCCAUAGCAGCUCCUCACAUCCGAGUGGGAUACCAACCUGACCUGAUGGCUGAGGAAUGGAGCAUCAACCUGAGGAACACGGAGGAGUCUGUCACCAGGGCAGCAAAGAGGCUUGUUGAGGACUACCGGCAAGCGCCGCCAGGCCUCCGCAAGUCAGCAACUGCGCCGGAUGUUGCAAAGAUGGCUCGCGUCAGCAGGGCCUUUGACUUGCUUCUUGGUGAAUUUGCUGGCAAGGUCCCAUCGAGUGUCUUUGAGGCUGAGAAGCCUUCACUUGUGUCAUUGUUUGAGAACCGGGUUUUGGACGAUUACUUGUACACUUUGACGGAGGAGUGCCCAGCGCAAAUUGACUUGACCAAAGUCAGUGAGAUCGGGGUGAUCCUUGCCAACAACAAAGCUGCUCAAGAGAAGGAAGCGGUUGAGAAGUCCAAAGUUCUUCACCUUCAAGUGCAAACUGCCACCUUCCAGAAGAUGGUCAAUGAUCUGGAGGGUGACAUCGAGGCGUUGACUGAUUGGGUGGCAUUGGAGGUCAAGAGGAAGAGCUCUUGGCAAGCCAUGGUUCUGACACACGCCAGGAGGCGUUAUGUUCGUGGUCUUGAGCGGGUGCGUGAGUUUGCUGAGGAGAGUCUGCGGGUUCGCGCUGGAGCCCUUGAAGGUGCUGCGAUGGAGUUGGCUGAUUUCCGUUCCAACCUGGAAUCUGCAAGUAGUUUGAAGUGCUCUCCUGAUUCGAGGUUCCUGCUGAUGGUCUUGGACAUGAGCGUUCCACCCAACCUGUCUGAAAUCGAUGCUUUGAUCCGUCAAGCUUCAUCGAUCCUGCACAACUCGGUGAACAAUGCUUUGCUGGUGCUUUUGCCCCAGAGGUAUUCUGGGCAAACAGUGAAGUCCAACUUGAACGCCGCCCGCAGGAUUGAAGAUGCACUUUUGUCAAAUGGUCUCAACAUGGACACUGACAUUGCAGUGCACUUCUCUGUCGAUGCCAUGCAUGGCAACGACACUCGCUGCCGCCUUUGUGUGAGUGACAAAGUUCCUGAGGGUGGAAAUGCUUGGUUGUCUGGUGUGGCUGCCCGGGGAAAGCUUGAAGCGCCCCUCAUGAGGAUCAAAGAAAUGAAGAGGCUGACGCCCCCAAACCACAUAGGGGACUCAGUUGAAGCUUAUAGCUUGUCGCCAGCAGAAAGGUGCCAGCAAAAAGGGUUGAAAGCAGCUGCCACAAUCAUUGAGACCCUCAUUAGUGGCACAGCCAUUGCGUCUCCUGAGUGCCGGCUGGACAUUGUUGAAUUGAACCUAUUGGCAGUCCCUGAUUGGAUUGAGGCAGCUUGGCAUUUGAAAUACUCUUGGGAGUCUGAUUCUGGCAAGCCGCGCAUUGCCUAUUUUGGAUUUGCCGGGGACCUAGCAGUGCAAAAGGCAGUUUGUGGGCACAUGGAGGCGAUCUUGAUGCAGGAGUGGUGGGAGGGUCAUCCUGAUGCAGGUCCCAAAGAACCUGAUAACAGCAACCCAGUGGCGAAGCCGUCCUUGGUUCUUACAUCUUGGGAUGGAGAGGCGCCUGCCUUGUCGGAGGUUGUGAUCUGCAAGUUCGAUGGGGAUGAGGCCUAUGGUGAGAAGUGGAAUGGCAAGGUCUCUUCUUUCCGUGACUUUGUGCAAACGACUGUCGCUCCUAUCAUCAAGAAGUCUGUUGGAGGUAGCGCUGAAGGUGGACCUGGUGCAGUCGCAGCUGAUGGUCCUGACAUGACUGUUGGCGAUCGCCCAGCUUCUGUUGCUGAUGCCAUUCUACCAUCAGUGCCGCAGCACGAGUUCCAGUCGUCGGAUGUGCUCUUCACUGUGAAGCCAGUUCGAAACCUUCCAGCCCUGCACAUUACCAAGGACUAUGACAUCUACCUGUCGCUGGAUGAAGCAACCCACAAGUCUACAACCCUGCAGCUCGAUCCUAUGGAACUUCUGGGGUUCAAUGUGGGGGAUGUGGUUCCAUCUGAAGGCGGAGAUCCAAAUCAUGUCCUCUUCUGGCAGUUCCGUUCUGAUGUGGAGAAUGUGGUGAUGGUGGAGGGGGGCACCAAGACGACCACGACUUUGGCCGAGUUGCGAUUCAAGGCUUUGAAGUUGCAUUCCAUCCCAGACCUUUCGAUCCAAGGGCAUCUUGUGGAACCCUUGAAGGUGGCUGUGAAGGGCGCCGCAUUGGAAGAAAACCUGGGCGUCGCCACUGUGUUGACUGGUCUCUUCAAUGAGGGAAAGUCGCAUGAAGAUGUCAUGAAGAUUAGGGAGACCAUGAUCAGCGACCUCAAGAAAAGGAUCUCUGAGCGUUGCCCAGCUUAG